AUGUCGUCUGAGACAGAAUCAUCUGCUUCUCCUCAUGAGGAGAUAAUAUUUGAUUAUCUACCAUAUAUUGAUCAGGAGCCUUCCAACGAUGUUUUAGCGGUGGUGGACGACCUGAUUCAGGAAGAAUUAAUGAAUUUCAACUUGCAUCAGUUGCAUCCGAUGUUGCGCAACGAUUCUUCGGAUCUGGACAGCGAGUCCCGGAGUUUACCAAUUACCAACGAAGGCAUUGGAGGGAUCAGUCUUUCAAGCUACAGCAACCUGCUGAACGAGUACAACGAACCAGACAUCGACAAGAUGAAGACGGCGCUCUCAUAUACUCAGCUACGGUACAGGACCCUCCUACUCAACAGUCAGGAGAGUGCACAGGAGAUCAACAAAAACAAGUGGAUGACGCAUUUGGACAAUUUGAAGCAGCACCAAGAAGUACUAGAGCGCGCUAUUGAACGAAAGAGACGACACAAGGACGAAAUUAACGAGGAACGGAAACGGCAAUGCACAGACUUUGAGCCUAUGAACGAAUACCUGGGAACAAGAUGGACUGAGAAAAUGGAAGAGCUGAUCGACAUUGGUGUCGAGGCUGCUCUUCAGGAAUUGGAGAACCAAAUAAAGUUCGAUGAAUAACGACUGGGAAGGCAUUACUGCUACGCUCGCAUUAAUAUCUUAUGACAAUUAUCGAGUAUGUAUCUAAGGAAGAACAUCAGCAUCGUACUUGGCUUUAAACCAAGCAAUGGUGUCCUCCUUGGAGCACUUGUGAGAAACACCAACCUUACCCUUAGCUCUCUUUCUUCUGGCAACUCUGAAACCAGCUCUGCCCAUCACGACGUAGAAGUCCAUACCGUAAAUUCCAAUACCUGGGUCGUACUUAAUACCCAAGUCGAUGUGUUCUUGAAUACCGAAACCGAAGUUACCAGUCUCGGAGAAAUUCUUUUCUCUCAGUUGGUACUCCUUCACCUUCAGUCCUCUCUCCAAAAUCUCCUCUGCCUUUGGUCCUCUGACGGUGACGUGGACAGCGAUCUUUUCGUUUCUUCUGAUACCAAAAGUUCUAACGGUGUAUCUGGCUUUGCUCUGCACUGGGGUCUGACCAGACAGCUGCUCCAACACUUUAGAAGCUCUGGUCAAUCUGUCACCAGACUCACCAACACAGAUGUUGAGAACCAGCUUCUCAAUCUUGAGUUCUCUC